GUUAUCUUAUGAUGAGGCUUUUACUAUGGCUAAUGACCCCUUGGAAGGCUUCCAUGAAGUAAACCUUGCUUCACCUACUUCUCCGGACCUUCUUGGCGUGUAUGAAUCAGGAGCUCAAGAGCCGACUACCUCACCAGGUGUCAUCUACCGGCCUCUCCCUUCAUCUUUAUGCUCUGCCCCUAUCCAGGCUAACGCCUUAGAUGUCUCCGACCUUCCUACACAGCCUGUAUAUUCAUCCCCCAGACGUUUAAAUUGUACGGAAAUAUCUGGUAUCAGCAUCCAUGUUACAGACCCAGCACCUUGUUCUACCUCUGGAGUAACAGCUGGGUUAACUACAUUACCUACGAGAAAGGACAACUGUAGUGCAGAGAGGGAGUUUUUGCAGGGUGCUACUAUAACAGAAGCUUGUGAUGGCAGUGAUGACAUAUUCGGGUUGAGUACCGAUAGUCUGUCCCGUUUACGAAGCCCAUCUGUUUUGGAAGUCAGAGAAAAGGGCUAUGAAAGAUUGAAAGAAGAACUUGCAAAAGCUCAGAGGGAACUGAAGUUAAAAGAUGAAGAGUGUGAGAGGCUUUCUAAAGUACGUGAUCAACUUGGACAGGAAUUGGAGGAACUCACAGCUAGUCUGUUUGAGGAAGCUCAUAAGAUGGUGAGAGAAGCAAAUGUCAAGCAGGCAACAGCAGAAAAACAGCUAAAAGAAGCACAAGGAAAAAUUGAUGUACUUCAAGCUGAAGUAGCUGCAUUGAAGACACUUGUAUUGUCCAGUUCUCCAACAUCACCAACACAGGAGCCUCUGCCAGGUGGAAAGACCCCUUUUAAAAAGGGGCAUACAAGAAAUAAAAGUACAAGCAGUGCUAUGAGUGGCAGUCACCAGGACCUCAAUGUGAUACAGCCAUUUGUAAAAGACUGCAAAGAGGCUGACUUGUCUCUGUAUAAUGAAUUCAGAUCUUGGAAGGAUGAGCCCACAAUGGACAGAACGUGUCCUUUUUUAGACAAAAUCUAUCAGGAAGAUAUCUUUCCAUGUUUAACAUUCUCCAAAAGUGAGUUGGCUUCAGCUGUUUUGGAGGCUGUGGAAAACAAUACUCUAAGCAUUGAACCGGUGGGAUUACAACCUAUUCGAUUUGUGAAAGCUUCUGCAGUCGAAUGUGGAGGACCAAAAAAAUGUGCUCUCACUGGCCAGAGUAAAUCUUGUAAACACAGAAUUAAAUUAGGAGAUUCAAGCAACUAUUAUUAUAUUUCUCCUUUUUGUAGAUACAGGAUCACGUCUGUGUGUAACUUUUUUACAUACAUUCGAUAUAUUCAGCAGGGACUUGUGAAACAGCAGGAUGUUGACCACAUGUUUUGGGAGGUUAUGCAGUUGAGAAAAGAGAUGUCACUGGCCAAGCUGGGAUAUUUCAAAGAGGAACUCUGAUCCUCUGCCUGGGACCAUGCACGAACCUCCCUGAUACCUGGAAAAUGGCUGAAUAUUUUCAUGGUUACGUGAUAUUUAUUUCCACGGUGUGGGCCCAGGACUUUUCCCCCCUUUUGCAAAUUACACCAAGAAGUACUGUGAUUUCUUUUAAACUGGCCUGUGCUGUGUUUGCUCGUCCUUUAGUUGAACACACUAUAAUGAAUUACAAGUGUCCUAGUGAUUGUAAUUUAUAGUCACAAAAAAAGCUAAAUAAAUAAAUACUAGAUCGAA